AUUGUGCACGCUGGUUAUUUAUAUGUGUCGUGUUUAGUCUUCGCUUCCGUUGCAAGAAAAUGAACCCUGAACCAGGGAACUUCUCCGACGUGGACAGUGAUGAUGGAGGUUUUGAUCUGCAGCAGGAAAUUGCCCGCAGUGCUUUCGCAGACAUGUGUCACGAUUGGGAACGUAAUCAAAAGUACGAUCGGGCAUUACAGGUAACCAUCGAACGCCUGCACGGAGAUGGCAAAGAGGCACACGUACUGGAUAUUGGAACGGGAAGCGGUUUGUUAUCGAUGAUGGCAGUCAGAGCGGGGGCCGAUAGCGUAACAGCAUGUGAAGCGUUUCGUCCGAUGGCAGACUGUGCGGAGCGUGUGAUUGCAGCCAAUGCUAAAGUUACUAACAGAAUUCGGUUAGUUAAAAAGAAAUCUACCGAAAUGAAGGUUGGUCCUGGGCAGGACUUGGAGCGAAGGGCGAAUGUACUGGUCACGGAGCUUUUUGAUACUGAAUUGAUUGGAGAAGGAGCAUUAGCAACCUACCGGCAUGCUUUGAGCAAGUUACUUGAACCGGGAUGUUGCGUUAUUCCCCAUUCAGCGACGAUUUAUGGUCAGAUUGUGGAAAGCCCAACAGCGAUGAGCUGGCAGGUUCCUAAAGCACUUAGCAAUGCAGAUGGAGAUGUGCUUCUGAGGACACCAAACGACGUAGACGAUUGUCGAGGAUCGGCGGCCGUUUUUGACGUUCAGCUUAGCCAACUGCCCUUGGGAAGCUUUACUGCACUAUCAGAACCGAUUCCAGUUUUUGAAUUUAAUUGGUCAGACAAGGAUGGGCUUGUGAACAAACGGCAUUCUAGAAAACUGAUAAAAAUUAAACAUUCAGGCGUGCCACAAGCAGUCUUUAUGUGGUGGGAUCUAAAAAUGGAUCUGGAGGAAAAAAUUCUUUUAAGUUGCGCUCCGUUUUGGGCGCAUCCUGACUAUGAAGUAUUGCGCAAAAAUAGUAUAGCUACGAAAACUCCUCACCAAAAUUUGAUUCCUUGGCGAGAUCAUUGGAUGCAAGCUAUUUAUUUCCUACCAAAGCAGAAAACUGCCUUGAUCAAAGGACAGGACGUCAAUUUAGAUGCUUAUCACGACGAGUUUUCGUUGUGGUUCGGAAUCGAUCAACCAGAUCUAGACCCUCCGCAUUGCUCUUGUGGUCUUCAUUUUGCGUACUCUCGUUCUCGGAUCGGUCAAAUAAACGAUGGUGCUAGAAACAAGCGAAUACUAAAUUACUUAGAAGAAAUUCUCAACAAGAAUUCUGUUGUUUUAGUUCUUGGGGAUGGAUCGUUGCUAGGAUUAGGACUUGUUGCGAUAGGAGUUCAAAAAGUUAUUCUGCUUGAGACAAGUCAAAUAUCAAAAGAAUGCAUGCAGAAAUAUGCAAGUUUCAACGGGUUGGAUUCAGUCAGUAUUAUUUCUAGCGUUGAUCAGUUGACUGACGAUGUAACUCAUGUUUUUGCAGAACCAUUCUUUGGAACAGCAAUUUUGCCGUGGGAUAACGCUAUCCAGUUUGGUGUUCAACUUGAUCUAAUUAAAUCUAAGCUGAGUUCGUCUGUCACAGUUAUACCGAGUUCUUUUAGUAUUCAUGCUGUUCCCGUGCAGUUUAUGGAUUUGCAAAAAAUUUGCAUGCCUCUUGGACGAUGUGAGGGUUUCGAUCUCAGCAUUAUGGAUAAAAUGAUUGAGGAGCAUUCUAACCUGACCGAUUCACCCGUUGAAGCGCAACCGCUUUGGGAAUAUCCAUGUUUCGCAGUUGGACUUCCAACUAAGCUGAUACACGUUAGUUUAGCGGAAAAAUUCGAAAGCUCCAAUCUAUGCCAAGGUACGAUGGAUAUAACACUAGACGAUGUUUUGACCGAAUGUAACGGAGUAGCUCUCUGGGCUGAUUGGCACAUGGACAAGACGGACAGACCUAAGACAAUUAUUUCUACCGGACCACUUACACCGUUGGGAGAGCAACUAGCAGAGCGGACCGAUGCCAUAAAGUGGAAUGCUAAUUGGCGACAGGGUGUCCAUUUGCUGAAAAAAUCAAUUCUAGGGAAAACAAUUUCCUGGAGCGUUCAGUUUCAUAGACAGCUUGAGAAGUGUAUUUUUAGUUUUGAAUAAAAGAA